UGUCCUGCAUCAAUGAGCCUGUUGAUCAGAAAAGACCACUAGACUGGUAGUGACACGGUUCACUUAUCAGACCAGGAGAAUAAAUAAAACUCAGCUUUCACCUCCGUUCCUACUUAAGCUGGACGUCCGCGCUGAUCUUCAGUCUACCUCAGAUUCUGACACCUGUCUGGAUUCACCGAGCUGCGGGAUCCUACAAUGAUUUGGACUGCUGUUCUCCUGAUGGCUGUUGUUUCUCAUGUUAAUUCAGUAGACUACUGUUACAAUGAGCCACAUUGUGAUACUUACGCAUGGGGAGACAAGUUCCCGUCCUGUCACCCUUUACUCGAAGAGCACCACUCCCCCAUAAAUCUGGACCACCAGAUGACCAGAAAUGAGUCUCUGGGACCUUUACAUCUGGAGGGCUUUGACGAGAUCCAAACGGGCCACUGGACACUCUACAACGACGGGCACUCUGUCGUGCUGCAGGUUGGCAGUGGCAUGUCGGUGAGCGGCGGCGGUCUUCCAGAUGUUUACCACACCAUGCAGCUGCACUUCCACUGGGGGGGCCCGGCCACCAACGGCUCGGAGCACACGGUGGACAGACGCAGAUACCCGAUGGAGAUGCACAUAGUCAACAUGAAAUCCAUCCAUCCAAAUUUGUCAGUGGCCUUGGAUGAUCCAACGGGCCUCGCUGUUCUUGGGUUCUUCAUUGAUGUUGUUUACGCGGACAAUGUCAACUUUGGACACAUAUCACAAAAACUGUCCUCUGUUGCUUACAAUGGCCAGAUUACUAAAGUCAAGCCAUUUUCGCUGAUGAGCCUUCUGCCGAAGCACAACAUGAGUCAGUAUUACCGUUACUACGGCAGCCUCACCACCCCUCCAUGUUCUCAAGCCGUUGUAUGGACUCUGUAUGAAGUCCCCAUCUACAUUUCAUGGUCCCAACUGGCCCAGUUCACCUCACAGAUCUUCUCCACAGAGGAAGAUGCAGAGCAGGUGACACCUCUGCAGAACAACUUCAGACACAUCCACCCGACCUUCAGUCGCAUCGUCUCUGUGUCCAAAGAUGGCAGACUCCUCACAGGGACGGCCGGUCGUCCCCUCAGGUCAGCUGUGUCAGUGCUUCAAAUCGUUUUGCUGGGAAGCUUCGUCUCCAAACUUUAGUGUUAAGUCCAAAUAGUGAAACAACACAACGCCAAACAAAGAUGAGUUAAUGUUUUUAGAUGAUGUUCUCCGGUCGGAGAGGUUUUCUUGAUAGAACAGAUCUGUAGAAAAAGCUCUAUAUAUAUAAAAAACAAACUGUGAAGAAGAGUACUGUAUAAUGUUGAGUUGUUACUAAAUGUCUCAUGAUUGUGCCCCUGCUGACUCUGCAGGAUUAACUCUAUUAGUGCGUUCAAGAGAUGUGAUAAAAUAUGUGUUUCCUACUAACAGUUUAGAAUAAUGUGAAAUGAGCAACGGUAGCAUUGAAAUGUGUUUAUGAUGGCAGCCACGUACGCAUUUAUGACUGUAGGCCUUCUACACUCAUAGAAAAGGUACAAACGUGUGUGUGUGUGUGUGUGUGUGUGUGUGUGUGUGUGUGUGUGUGUGUGUGUGUAUUCAUCUGACAUUGGGUCAGUCAGAUAUUGUUUGCAACUCCACGAAUAUUAAAAGACAAAAGAUACAUUUAAUAUAAGACAAAGAGUCUUCAGCCAUGCUAGCGGCUCUGUGAGGCUGUUAGGGGAGCGUACUUAUGUUCCCCGGGUCCUAUGUUCCCCGCUUUGUAUGGGACCGGGGAACCCUAACCCUAACCUUAGCGGGGGAACAUAGGACUCAGGGAACAGAGGGAUGACCCCGCUGUUAACAUUCUCACAAGGAUAAUGCUAACAUGUUGUUGCUAUGCAGAUAUAUAUAUAUAUAUAUAUAUAGUGUAUCUGUGUUCCCAGGGUCCUAUGUUCCCCAGUUUUAGGGUUAGGGAACUUAGGGAACUUAGGACCCUGCGUUCACGAUGUUAGUUUAGUGUGUUAGCAUGCUAACAUUUGGUAAUUAGCAUUAAGUUUGCAAGUUGUUUUGAUUUUAGAAAGUUAUUACCGUUGAUCUUUUCAUCCUGAUGGGAAUGUUUGAACCAAAUUUCGCAACAAUCCAUUCAAUAGUUGUCAAAAUAUUUCAAUGAAAACCAAAAAUGUCGACCUUGUGAUGUCUUUUUUAAAUUUUAAAGAAACCGUUUACUCUUUUUGUACAGAAUACAACAAAAUCAGAAGCGUCAAUUUGUUAUAUUUUGAAUAAUGACAAAAAAGUAAAGGAACCACCAAAGUCAGUAGGAUUUAUCUUCUAGGGACCAUGAAUGUCUGUACCAGAUUUAAUGGCAAAGACAUUUCAGUACAGAUCAAAGUAGCAGACAAACAGACAGACAGACAGACAUUGUCCUGCCGCUAGCAUGGCUAAAAAGGGCACAUAAGAAGUACUUGUCAAAUCUAUUUUAUUGGAUUUGGCACAUCAUGUUCACAUCGUGUGUUUUCAGGCCUUUUUCGCUGACAUUUUAUGGCAUAACAGGAAAAAAAAACACAUAAAUAAUAAUAUUAAUAAGGGCUGAAAUCCAUUCGGCUUCUGUUUCAGGGGUUGUGUUAUUUUACAUGCCGGCUCGCUGACAUGAACCCUCUGAUACACUGGAGUGGAACAGAGCCAUUGCCAAUGUCAUUAGUGACACCUGUGUGUGUUUCCUGCUGUGACAAGUCAAAAUGUCUGCUCAUUAAUGAAGGUAAAGCGGAGGUAAUAGUCUGCUAAUGAGCCGACCCUCCUGCAUCCAACAUGCUAAAUAUUUGUGUGUGUGUGUGUGUGUGUGUGUGUGUGUUGCAUAUUUGCCACCAGCUUGUAAAGUAUGCACAGACGCUCCACUGAAUGACUUGAAAAACAGGAAAAAGAUAUCAGAAUAUGUGGUUGAGAUUUAAAUGUCAGUUCACAGUUUUACUUUUGUUUUCUCUUAUAAUGUUUCCUGUAUUCAAACAAUAAACAUACAAGUCACA